UUAUAACUAUGCAUUACUAUUAUAUCCUAUAGCUUAAAAUUAUUGCUACAUAAAAUAUAUUUAAAAAAAAACUGUUCAGUUAAAGUUAAAAAAAAAAAUAAAAGGAUAUUUUAGGAAUUGAUAAAGUGUAACUGAUAGGCAUAAUUUGUCCAAAAUCCCAACACAAUGAACGUUGCAAAUAGCGAAUUAGUGGAUGAUCAUACGAAAUUACCCAGUUGAUGAUUUGCCCUUACAACUCUUCCUUGAAAGAAGGUGCAUCACUGACAUGAUCAUAUUGACGAGCACAUAUUGCCCUUUCGAAUAGAACGGCCUCCUGCUCAAAAAAGAGUCAGCGUAUAAAACAAACCCCCUACCUUUGCGCGAAAUUAUCUAACUCCAUGAGAAUUACAAUCACACUGGUUACGUUAUUCAGUAAACGGCGUAAACGCCACGGAUUAGGCCUUUUGAAUUUAAAACUUGACCGGGAAGGGACAUGCUUCGAUUAAAACAAAUAUUUAGAGAUACUAAAUGUGCCGUAAUUGGUAUGAUACAUGCAGGUGCAUUGCCAGGUGAAGUUCAGAUCACAAGCACACCUCUCUACUGCGGCGACAUUCAAAAAGUUUUGGACGAUGCUUGCAGGGAGGCAGAAUGCUAUGCAUCUUCCCACGUUGAUGGAGUGAUGAUUGAAAACAUGAAUGAUAUUCCAUACGUACAAGCCAAGCAUUUAGGUCCAGAAAUCACUGCAACCAUGACUCAGAUCUGCUGUAAAGUUCGCCAGAUACUACAGCCAACACCAUGUGGAGUACAGGUUCUUGCAGGUGGCAAUCGAGAAGCCGUCGCUGUGGCCCAUGCGGCAGGUCUGCAGUUUGUCCGUGCGGAAGGAUUUGUGUUCAGCCACGUCGCAGAUGAAGGUUUCACAGACGCCUCGGCAGGCGUACUCUUCAGGUACCGCAGGAACAUUGGGGCCAACAACGUACUCGUCUUCACGGACAUCAAGAAGAAACACAGCUCUCACGCGAUCACAAGCGACGUUGGAAUAGAGGACACCGCUAGAUCGGCAGAGUUUUUCUGCUCUGACGGUGUCAUCAUAACUGGGACGGCCACGGGGCAGCCAGCUGAACUGUCCGAACUCAGUGCAGUGAAGAAGGUGUGUACAGGACCUGUGUUGGUUGGAUCCGGAGUGACCAUCGAGAAUGUGACAGACUACUUGCAAGCAGAUGCUGUCAUCGUGGGAACUCAUUUCAAGCAUGGGGGAAAGUGGCAAAAUCAAGUAGAUGGCAACCGAGUGAAGUUGUUCAUGAACAAAAUGUGUGAAGCAAGGUUAAUGGCAGAAAAAAUUUAAUGACAUUUGAAAAUAAACUGUUUUCAUUAUUAUGUUGUUUGUGUGCUAUUAAACCAGGUUAAAAAGUUUUUUUUUGCUGGUGUUUGUUUCUCCUCAAAAGUGUACAUUGAUGGGAUCAAUUUUUUAGUUGAGACCUGAAUAAUUCAUAAUUGUGAUAAAUUUGAAAAACUGAAACAGCAUUUUCAAUUUCCCCCCCCCAU